UUACAGGUUAUUUUAGAAGCAACUAUGAAAAAAAGAUGCCAACCAUUUAGUAUCCAGUAAAUCAUGAUGUAAACGCAAGAACGAAAGCAGGGUCUAGAAAUAAAUUGUACCAAUUAACAUAUGAUGAAUCUAAAAAAAUUAUAAAAAAACGAAAUGAUUAGAACUUUUUUUAAAAUGUGGUGCUACCAUUCCGUAAUUAUUCUGGUGCUUACUGGUAUACUAUUUAAAACAGUGACUUUCGUGCAUGCUGAGUGGGACGAUAAUUGUCCAAAAUAUUGUAAAUGUAAAUAUCAAUCAAGUAAAAAAUAUGCUGAUUGUACUGCAAGUUCAUUAACAACAGUGCCAAAUACCUUAAGUCCAAAUAUUCAAGCAUUAGAUUUAUCUGAUAAUAAAAUACAGAAAUUAUCAAAACACGUAUUCAAAGAGAUCAAUAUGAUCAAUUUACAUUUGAUCACUAUAAAACGUUGUGGUUUAAGUGAGAUACAUGAGGAUGCCUUUGAAGGGUUAACAAUUUUAAUAGAAUUGCAUUUAUCAGAUAAUGCAAUACAAUAUUUACAUCCGAUGACAUUUCAACAUUUAAUCAAAAUACGGAACAUUUAUUUACAAAAUAAUUCAUUGGAGGUGAUCGAACAAGGAACGUUUAGCAAUUUAAAUUAUUUACAAAAUGUUGAUUUAAGUAACAAUAAAUUACAUACAGUCGACGAAAAUGCAUUUAGAAACGAUUCUAAAUUACAAACUAUCGUAUUAAAAAAUAAUAAAUUAAAAUAUAUGAAACCGUUAAUACUAAACCGUUCAAAACCAGAGGAAAAAUUAACUAGUUUAGUAUUAUUUGGUAAUGAAUGGAAAUGUGAUUGCCGAUUACGAGCAUUUCGUAACUGGACACUAGAAAAUAAUUUAUAUACUCGACCCACGCAAUGUGAAGAACCAGCUAACUUACGUGGAAGUUUUUGGAAUAGUAUAAGUGCCGAUAAGUUUGCAUGUAAACCAGUUAUUUUAGAUCCAGAUGUCGGUACAUCAAUUACAUUGCGUAAUGAUGCAGAGAGAACGAUUUCUUGUAAAGUUUAUGGUGAUCCAAUACCAGAUAUUAAUUGGAAAUUGAAUAAUAAAAUUUUGGAAAAUGAUCCAAGAAUUAAAAAUUCGAAUGAUAAACAUUAUAUAAUACGUGAAAGUGGUUACGAUAAUAUACGAUGGGUCAAUUUAACGAUACGUAAUCCAAGAUUACAAGAUCGUGGAGAGUUAAUAUGUACAGCUAAAAAUCCUGGUGGUCUGGAUGAAAGAAAUGUUACAGUGUUGUUAGCAGCUGGAAUGAUACCUGGCUUAGAUUCAGACUCGAAUCCUGUACUUUUGCCAUUAAUUUUAGGAAUUAUCAUUGGUGUAUUUUUGUUAUUUAUUAUUCUGAUUUUUUUGUUUUAUUGCUUGUGGCAACGUCGUAAACUUCCGUCGAAGAAUGACACGAGUCGUGCCAAUGGUGGUGCAAAUUUGGAUGAUACAGAAAUGGAGAAAAGUUUAAUUACUGCUGUGAAUCCGAUAACAAAACCUCCAAGGCGAUGUGAAGCACCGCCUUCUGUUGCUAGUUGUGGAACAGAAAUGAGUGAUCUAAACCGUACAUUGCUGGAUAAUGAUUCUGUAUUUAAUUCUGGAAAUGGUGCAGAUGAGGAAAAUCGUUCAUUAUCUGGUAUAGACCCGAAUCUUAAACAGUUAAAAGAAUUACCUGUUAUGGAUAUUAAGAGGUCCGAUCGUCCUUAUCCUCCAGAUUUACUAUCGUUUUCCGCACGUGCAAGUCAAGUGUCUCCAGCUGGAAGUUGCGCUUCAACAAUUCCAGACUACUCUCGUCCUCCAGCAAUUCAUGGUCCACAAUCACCCAUUCACAGUCCAAUUUAUGGUACACUCCCAAGCAAUUUGUUUAGGACUCUACCAUAUUCCCGAUCACAUUCGCCAUUUACUUCUCCUGUGGGUAUUCCCGUUGUACAAUCACGUCAAGGAUAUGUAACAAUUCCACGUCGACCACGAGUUCCUAGUUGGAGUGCACCUUCUUCCACACUAGGCUCCGAGGUUGCUGAUCCUGUCUAUGACAAUUUAGGUUUGAGGACAACAGCUGAUGGCAGCUCUGUUUUAUCUUUAAAUAAGAGUGUAGUAGAAAGUCCAAUGAAUAUGCGUGGUAGACCACUUCCUGCAACACCUAAUUACCAGCAAAAUGGUCUACCAGUGUAUUACACUCCUAUUGAAGAGCAUGAGCCACCUCCAGCUCCUUGUCCAGCACCUCGUCCACCUAGUGCGAGAGGGGGGUCACUUCAAAGGCUUCCAACAAGUCCCCCACCUAAUCCUGAAGGAAGAAGAGAUAGUUGGGCUCCAAGACAAGCUCCUGAAGGUGCUAGUUUAGGUAUAUUAUCACCUAAUGAAGAACCAUUAUCAGGGUCAACAUCACCGACACCUUCAUCUGUUAGUGGUACUUUAGGUCGUAGUCCUAAAGUUCCGCCAAAACCUCCACCAAAACCAAAAAUGAAGACUGUUGUAAGUGGUCCUUUAUUUGAGGAUGAGGGCGAAGAUGGGACAGAAGUCUGAGGGUUAGUGAUAAUCCUGCUUCAAGUGUUAUUAAUUGCGAAUUAGAUAUACGAAGCAGGUUUUAUUUUUUAUGAAACUUUGUUUAAUUGCUUUGUGGACCAAUAAAAAUAACGUGCUAUAUAAACUGAAAUAAAACAAAAUGAGCGCACCUUGUGACAAAAUAUUUACAGUCUUGCAACUGUUUACUGUGCUUAGUGAAUUUUUUUCACUUAUUUGUGCGUGAAAAAAAUUUUUUUUUUUGAA